AUGUGGGAUCAGAGGCUGGUGCGUUUGGCGGUUGUACAGCAGCUUCGGGCUGCCUAUGGAAUUAAGGUCAAGGGUGGCCGUGCGCAGUGUGAUCGAAGGAGACAGGAAACAGCAACCACGGAAACAGUGGGUAAAAUAUUUGGAGUACCAUUAAAUGCAUUGCCCCAGGCUGUUGUACCAGAAUAUGGACAUAUUCCAAGUUUUCUUGUUGAUGCUUGCACGUCUUUAGAAGAACAUGUUCAUACAGAAGGGCUUUUUAGGAAAUCAGGAUCUGUUAUUCGUCUAAAAGCACUAAAGAAUAAACUUGAUCAUGGUGAAAGAUGCCUGUCUUCUGCACCUCCUUGUGAUACCGCGGGACUUCUUAAGCAGUUUUUUAGGGAAUUGCCAGAGCCCAUUCUCCCAGCUGAUUUGCAUGAAGCACUUUUCAAAGCUCAACAAUUAAAAACAGAGGAGAAGAAUAAAGCUACAUUGUUGCUCUCCUGUCUUAUGGCUGACCACACAAUUGAUAUAUUAAGAUACUUCUUUAACUUUCUCAGGAAAGUUUCUCUUAGGUCCAGUGAGAAUAAGAUGGAUAGCAGCAAUCUUGCUGUAAUAUUUGCACCAAAUCUUCUUCAGACAAGUGAAGGACAUGAAAAGAUGUCUGCUAACACAGAAAAAAAGCUACGAUUACAGGCUGCAGUAGUACAAACUUUUAUUGAUUAUGCAUCAGAUAUCGGGCAUGUUCCAGAUUUUAUCCUAGAAAAGAUACCAGCUAUGUUGGGGAUUGAUGGUCUCUGUGCUACUCCAUCGCUGGAAGGCUUUGAAGAAGGCGAUUACGAAACUCCUGGUGACUAUAAGAGAAAACGAAGACAAAGUGUAGGAGAUUUUGUUAGUGGAGCAUUAAAUAAAUUUAAAUCUAACAGGACACCUUCUAUUACACCUCAACAGGAAAGAAUUGCCCAGGUAUCCAUUUCACCAGCAAUUCUUACACCAAAUGCUAAGCGUAAACUGCCGGUAGAUUCUCAUGGUUUCUCAAGUAAGAAAAGGAAGUCCAUCAAGCACAAUUUUAACUUUGAGUUGUUGCCAGGUAAUCUCUUCAGUAGCAGUUCUACACCAAUAUCAGUUCACUGUGAUACAAGCCCGGAAGGGUCAUCCCAGAGUUCAUUCUCUCCUGUCGCCAUCAGUGGAAACCAUUUGGUCAGUACAAAUGUGCUAAGGCGAAGUAAAAGGCUUGCAAGCAAAAAGGUUUGCAGGUUAAAAAUGGUCUCCAGGAUGGUUUCUACCAUGCUGUCUGGCCUGGUGUUAUGGCUGACGUUUGGAUGGACUCCAACAGCUGCUUAUAGCCCAAGGACCCCAGACCGGGUCUCGGAAACAGAUAUCCAGAGGCUGCUCCAUGGUGUGAUGGAGCAGCUGGGCAUUGCCAGGCCGCGGGUAGAGUACCCAGCACACCAGGCCAUGAACCUUGUGGGCCCACAGAGCAUCGAAGGUGGAGCUCAUGAAGGUCUGCAACACUUGGGUCCCUUUGGCAACAUCCCAAACAUCGUAGCAGAGUUGACCGGUGACAACAUUCCUAAGGACUUCAGUGAGGACCAGGGCUACCCAGACCCUCCAAACCCCUGUCCCAUUGGAAAAACAGAUGAUGGAUGUCUAGAAAACACCCCUGACACAGCAGAGUUCAGUCGAGAAUUCCAGUUACACCAGCACCUUUUUGAUCCAGAACAUGACUAUCCAGGCUUGGGCAAGUGGAACAAGAAGCUCCUUUAUGAGAAGAUGAAGGAAGGACAGAGACGCAAGCGGAGGAGUGUCAAUCCAUAUCUACAAGGACAGAGACUGGACAAUGUUGUUGCAAAGAAGUCAGUCCCCCAUUUUUCAGAUGAAGAUAAGGACCCAGAGUAA